CACGCAAUGAGGAUCGGCGCAGCAUUCUGGGUUAUAGGCUUUUGCUACCUGGCCCUCGUGUUUGCAGAGGAAGCGGAGAUUCCUCAGGAGUUGAUCGAAAGGCUGGCUCACAGCGAGAUUCACAGCAUUCGGGAUUUGCAGCGUCUCCUGGAAAUUGAUUCCGUAGGCUAUGACGAUGCAGCAGAAACAAAUCUGAUCUCCCACCCGAUCCACUCAGCUAAGCUGUUGCAAGAAAACCACCCUAGAUCUAUUCGCAGAAAAAGAAGUGUUGAGGAAGCCAUUCCUGCGGUCUGCAAGACGCGGACGGUCAUUUACGAGAUUCCUCGGAGCCAAAUCGAUCCGACUUCGGCAAACUUUCUGAUAUGGCCUCCCUGCGUGGAAGUGAAGCGAUGCACCGGAUGCUGCAACACCAGCAGUGUGAAGUGCCAACCCUCGCGGAUACACCACAGAAAUGUCAAGGUGGCCAAAGUGGAAUAUGUUAGAAGAAAACCCAAAUUAAAGGAAGUUCUGGUGAAGUUAGAAGAGCACAUGGAAUGCACUUGUAUAAUGUCAAAUUCCAAUCCAGAUUUUCGAGAAGAAGAAACAGAUGUCAGGUGAAAAUAAGCUAGAAAAGAUUUCUUUCUGGGACUCGAAUGUACAGGAUUUGUUACAUUCCUGAACCUACGCUGUAUGGUGCUUUCUGGAUAACACUUCACUCAUCUUCCUAUCUGG